AUGGCGCGUCUGCUGUUCGUCGUAUCGUUCGCCGUCCUGCUGGCGGUGGCAUCCGCAGGACAAACCGUCGUGACGGGACCCAACAAACCCGCCGUCAACCUGGACAAGGCCAAGGGUGACAAUGGCGUGGCGUCGGAGGUCCCUUCUGGCAUCGAGAAGGCGGCGGCUGCGGGCAACCUGGACAAGUUCGAGGGAACGACGAUCGGCGUGGAGGUGUACGUGAAGGGCAACCCGCUGACGCUGAAGAAGGCGUCCCCGCAGACGUGCUGCAACACGUGCGCGGGGUACAGCAGCUGCACGUACUGGCAGUACAUCCCCGAUAUUACCAUCGACGGUAAGAAGACGGACGGCGCGUGCUACCUGGUGCACGACAACAUCGACUACUCGUGCGGCGAGCUGACGGCGCAGUACGUGACGGACUCGAAGCCCAUAGCGCUGCAGGUGCGCUGA